AUGGGCCAUUUCCUGAUUCAUCUCCCUGACCUCCAUCCCCACCCCCCCGCUAUGAAUCCCCAAGACUGCACCUCCAUCCCAGGGGAUUUCAACCUCUCCUCCUCCUCCAGGGGCUACUCCACAGUCACCAACCUCUUCAUGAACGAGUCCGGCGAGAGCGCUCCCUUCCAGGACAGCAGCACCGUUAUCACCGCAGUAAUCUCUAUGACUGUAUUCAUGGUGGGCCUCCUGGGAAACACGCUGGCCAUCUACGUGGUCCUGCGCUAUGCCAAGAUGAAGACUGUCACCAACAUGUACCUUCUGAACUUAGCUCUGGCAGAUGAAUUGUACAUCUUAGGACUUCCCUUCCUGACCACCCAGAACGUGCUCUCUUAUUGGCCGUUCGGGCAGUUUCUGUGCCGCGUGGUCAUGACGGUAGACUCCAUCAACCAGUUCACCAGCACCUUCUGCUUGACCGUGAUGAGCAUUGACCGCUACCUGGCCGUGGUGCACCCCAUUCGGAGCAUCAAGUGGCGGCAGCCGAAGGUGGCUAAGAUCAUCAACGGGCUGGUGUGGGUGGUGUCGUUCGUGGUGGUGCUGCCGGUCACCAUCUACUCAGAUGUUCAGGACCGCUUCAACUCGUGCAACAUGAGCUGGCCUGAUCCCCAGGAGCUGUGGUCAACGGUCUUCAUCCUCUACACGGCCAUCUUGGGCUUCUUCGGCCCCCUGCUGAUCAUCUGCCUCUGCUACCUGCUCAUCAUCAUCAAGGUCAAGUCUGCCGGGGCCAGGGCGGGCCUGACCAGGCGGCGGCGCUCCGAACGCAAAGUCACCCGCAUGGUGGUCAUCAUCGUGGUGGUCUUCGUCAUCUGCUGGCUGCCCUUCUUCACCACCAACAUAGUCAACCUCGUCUUCAUCAUACCAGAGAACAGUGUCACCGCCGGCGUCUACUUCUUCCUGGUCAUCAUGACCUACGUCAACUCCUGUGCCAACCCGCUCCUCUACGGCUUCCUGUCUGACAACUUCAAGCAGAGCUUCAGGAAGGUCCUGUGUCUCCACAAGGCGAACGGGGUUGGGGUGGGGGACGGAGGAGACAUGGGGAGCGGAGGGGGACGUCCCAUAUCCCCUAGGCUGGAGAGGGUGGAGACGACGCAGCAGCAUGACCCGCUCUUCACCCCCCGGAUCAUGGACUUCAACAAUGGACACAUGCAGAACAACCAAUGUGUUCAAAAUGAGACUUGUGGCAACAUGACGACGGAGCUUCUGCCCUUAGAGAGCCCAGUGAUUGAUCAGUCUACCCUAUGAUGAGGCCUGAUUGGUCAGUCUACGCUAUGAUGAGGCCUGAUUGGUCAGUCUACGCUAUGAUGAGGCCUGAUUGGUCAGUCUACGCUAUGAUGAGCCCUGAUUGGUCUGUCUACGCUUUAUGAGCCCUGAUUGGUGAAUCUACGCUUUGAUAAGCCCUGAUUGGUUAGUUUGUGCUUUGAUGAGCCAAGUUGCCUCCCUCUCCAUCACGACAAACAAUCCAUCAUCUGGAGCCCUCCCAUUGUCAACCCAUGUAGCUCUUGACCAAUGACCUCUCUCGGACGAUACAGGAAGAAGAGAUACAUGGGACUUCAAAGAACACUUCCUGUUCUGACACUACACUGAACGAUUUCUGCCAUGACACCUCUCCUGUUUGUCAGUAUAAACCUCAGACAUUUACAGCACAUUGCACCACUGGAAGGGGCUGAGAGGAGGACGGCUCAUAAUAAUGGCUGGAACGGCGCGAAUGGAAUGACAUCAAACCCACGAAAACUAUGUGUUCAAUGUAUUUUAUACCAUUCCACUGAUUCCGCUCCAGCCAUUACCACAAGCCCGUCCUCCUCAAUGAAGGUGUCACCAACCGCCUGUGCAUUGCACCAGCUUGGUGUCAUGGAACCAUCAAGAGCAUUAUCUUCAUGUACUUUAUAGAGUCCUUACAUAUACUAUAUGGAAAGACUAUUUUUUAGACUGUGAAUGGGCGAAAGCUUGCUCUAGAUUAAAAUUCCCUAGAAAAUGAACCAGAGUAUUCCAUUCACUUUAUAUGAACUGGAUCAUUUGAUUUGAUCAGAAAUGUUGUGAAUUUAGAUGGAUUGUUGUCUUUGUGAGCUUGGAACCUUCUGUAUGUAUUCCAUCACUAUGUAGGUGUGGCCAUGACGGGAAUGUACUACACACACUGUCUAUGACCCUUGUCCAUUUGUCACUAUGAUCACCUGUAACAAGUCCCAAUGGGUCAUAAUGCCCACCUAUGGACUCAUGGAUGAUUUCUGCUCUGGGCAAAGUUAUUUCAAGCUGGGAUGACCAAUGAAAGGGUACUAGAGGAAACCUGCAUUGUGGAAAACGAACACUGUCCCCGAACAGAGAGAAUGAUGAUAACGAUGAUGUCAAUCCAACAGAUGAAUCUGGCGUACAGUACUCACUGUAUCUAUGGCAUAAUGUUAUAACUGAGGAUCCUAUUCAUAUUAUUGAUGAAUUAUUGUUAUUUGUUGGGUAUUAUUAUUAUAAACUUGGGUAGUUGUUCCAAGUGUUUUGGUUAUUUGAAUGUGUUUAUUUGAGAUGAAUGGCCUUACCUGGGGUCGUGUUCUUUAGGCACCACACGGAAUCAAACUGACUGAAACAGGGAGGGACUACCUCCUAGACUAAUGUCCAGUAAGAUACACAGAUUUUAAUUUCCCGUUUUGAAAUGUUUUCCCUUGACCUUUUAUUGGCGGUUGAAGCACUGGUGCAACUUCCUUGUGCUCGGCCUUACCUGGGGUUGUGCUCGGCCUUACCUGGGGUUGUGCUCGGCCUUACCUGGGGUUGUGCUCGGCCUUACCUGGGGUCGUGUUCGGCCUUACCUGGGGUUGUGCUCGGCCUUACCUGGGGUUGUGCUCGGCCUUACCUGGAGUUGUGCUCGGCCUUACCUGGAGUUGUGCUCGGCCUUACCUGGGGUUGUGCUCGGCCUUACCUGGGGUCGUGUUCUUUAGGCACCACACGGAAUCAAACUGACUGAAACAGGGAGGGACUACCUCCUAGACUAAUGUCCAGUAAGAUACACAGAUUUUAAUUUCCCGUUUUGAAAUGUUUUCCCUUGCAUGCCCUACUGAACAAUCUGCGUACAACAGCAUAGUCGUCGCUGUCUGAUGAAAAGCACUAAUCUCCAAAACAGAUUUUUUUCAGGAAAUGGAAGAAAUUACCAUAUUGUCCCAUUAAUGAACACACAAUUAUGAAACUUCAGGAGCUAUUUUGAAUACAUUUUCUUGGUCCUAGAGUCAUUAAAUGUUCAGAGUACAUUGCUUUCAAUGAAUAAAUACAAAUGUAAAUGGCAAGAAUGGAGUUACAAGGUUUUCAUCAGACAGCGACGCAGUGAUUCAUCUGCUGUACACACAUGCAGUAUUUUAUGGAUUACCUUUAACUGUAUUGAUUUCAAUGAGCACACAAUCCACACUGACUGUCUUACAGUCAUGUAUGACACGUUCAAGAUUUAUACAGUAAGUUAUUAUCUGUGUAUUCUACUCUGGUAUUACAGCGUGGUCAAGUAAAUUUAAAAGAAGUUGCUGUUACUUAUACUAAUUAUUUUAGAUAAUAGAUAGCAUUAUUGCUAAUGUGCACCAUCUGGACAUGUGUUCAAAAUGUUUCAUUUCAGUGUUAUUGUUUUAAUAAAAUGACAAAAAGACAAUUGGUUCGAUCAAUAUGCAUGUAGUCUGAGUACCAGUCUUUUUAGCUAACAUUCCACUCCUUUGGAAAACGACAGGAGUGGCAAGGAGUGGAAUGUAAAAGCUGAACAGAUACUGCGACCAGGCUAAUAUGCAUGCUCUUUGGAUGGAUGUCGCUCCCGCUGUCUCUGUCUCUCUCUGUCUUUCUUUCUUUCUCUCUAUGUGCCCUUCUUUCAUCUCCAUGAUCCCUCCCUCUCACCAACCGUCCUUGGUGCUUUCUCUUUCUCUUUCUCUUCCUCUUCACCCCUAUCUCCAGUGUGUUUACAGGCAACGUGUCCCAGUGGCUUACUACUGCAGGUGUACGGGUGAAAACAACAAGCUCCCCAUUAAACCGCUAGGCCCUAGGCUACACCUAACUGUUUGACUGGCAUGUUUUCCACCCCUCAAUGUCAGGGGAAAGGACAGAAUGAGAGCAGCAGGUUAUUGGAAGGUCUGUUCUCAAAUCUUCCUCUGUACGUUAGCUAGUCAUUACAUGGACCGUUGAA